UUGUGGGUAUUGCGUCCUUAUGCACGUUUCUCAUCCAGCAUGGCAGGGAAAAAUAAGAGGAAGUUGGGGGAUCUGAGUGUGGAUGAGUUCCUGUUGUCAGGAUUUGAUUAUGAUGAGGAUGAUGAUUCUCAGGAUGAAGAUUCAACCCAACAACAGAAUAAGAAGAAAGAGAGUAAGAAACCUGCACCUCAGAAAAAGUCUGUUAAAAAGAAGGGCAAAGCAACAGAGCACAAGGAUCAGCUAUCAGACCUCAAGAGCAGAGAUCCAGAGUUUUAUAACUACUUAGAAAAAAAUGACCAGACUCUCCUGAACUUUGAUGACUCUGAUAGUGAUGAAGAUGAGGAGGAUAAUGAAGAGGAAAAGAUGUACCACAAACUCCCCUCUAAGCUAGAGGAAGCCAACUCUGAUGAUGAUGAUGAUGAUGAUGAUGAUAAGGUAUUAGAUGAGAAAAAGGUGAAAGGAAAGUCUAAAGAAGCCACCAGAGUCACAGAAGCAAUGAUUGAGAACUGGAGAACAGGACUGAGGAAAGAGCCCACGUCACGUUUGCUUAGGGAGAUCACACAAGCCUUCAAGGCUGCUGUGGCUACAACACAGGGUGAUACAGAUGCUGAGUGUCGCUACACCAUCUCAGACAGCUCAGUGUUCAAUGCCCUCAUCCUGUUCUGUAUAAAGGAGAUGCAUGCAGUGCUGUAUAAAAUGCUAAAUCUCAAAGCUCCAGAGAAAGAUCAAAAGAAAAUAAUACUUCCAUCCUCGAGUCCCAGGUGGCAGAAACAUCAGGUUGAUAUUAAGAUGUACAUAGCUGGUGUUGUCCAGCUUCUUUCCAGUUUAACUCAAUCCACGGUCACAGCUGCAGUUCUCCGCCAUGCCAACCAGAUGGUGCCGUACUACUUGUGUCUGCCAAAACAGUGCAGAGUCCUGCUCAAGAGCCUGAUCAAACAAUGGAGUACAGGAGAGGAGACUGUAAGGGUUUUGGCCUUUCUGGGUCUUAAUAAAAUCUGCCGUCACAAACCGGAUUUCUAUCUAAACACGGUUCUAAAGCAAAUGUACAUCGCCUAUGUGAAGAACUGUAAGUUCACGUCACCCAACGCUCUUCCGAUGAUUAAUUUCAUGCAAAGGACUCUCACAGAGAUGUACUCGCUAGACACGCAGGUGUCCUACCAACACUGCUUCAUCUAUAUCCGUCAGCUGGCCAUUCACCUCCGGAGUGCCAUGAAUAUGAAGAAAAAGGAAACAUAUCAGUCAGUGUAUAACUGGCAGUAUGUGCACUGUCUUUAUCUAUGGUGUCGGGUGUUGAGCACUUUAUAUCCCAGUGAGGUCCUGGAGCCACUGAUCUACCCGUUGUGUCAAGUAAUCAUCGGCUGUAUCAAACUUGUGCCCAUCUCUCGGUAUUAUCCUCUGAGACUGCACUGCGCCAGAGCUCUCAUCCUGCUGUCUGCCAACACCAAGACAUUUGUGCCUGUUUUACCCUUUCUGGUAGAGAUCCUCCAGCAGGAAGACUUCAAUAAGAAACCAGGCCGCAUGAGUGUAAAGCCCAUCAAUUUUGCAGUGAUUCUCAAACUCAGCAAGACCAAUCUCCAAGAGAAGGCCUAUAAGGAUGGUCUGGUGGAGCAGUUGUAUGAUCUCAUCUUGGAGUACCUCCACACACAGGCCUGCAGCAUUGGCUUUCCUGAGCUGGCACUGCCCACCAUCAUUCAGCUGAAAGCGUUCUUAAAGACAUGCAAAGUGGCCAAUUACUGCAAACAGAUGCGACAGCUGCUGGAGAAGAUACAGGAAAACUGCAACCACAUUACAGGACGCAGACAGAAAGCAGCGUUUGCUGUAUCUGAUACUACAGCUGUGGUGGCAUGGGAGAAGCAGGUAGCAGAGGAGGGAACGCCCCUUACGAAAUAUUACAGCCAGUGGAAGAAACUUCGUGAAAAGGAAAUUCAGCUGGAGAUCUCUGGAAAAGAGAGGAUGGAGGACUUGAAUCUCCCGGAAAUCAAGCGGAAGAAGGCUGAAGAGAAGAAAGUUGACAAGAAGGAGUUUAAGGGUCUUUUCGAGUCGGAUAGUGAUGAUGACGGUGAUGACAACCUCCUCAAAACCAAAGAUGAACAGGGUGAUUCUGAUGAUGAUGAUGAAGGUCUUGAGGACCUCUCAGACCUGAGCGAUGAAGAUGAUGAGAUUGAUUAUUCAGAUGAUGAACAGAAGAAGCCUUCACCUUCUAAAAGCAAAGCACCAAAGAAGAUGUUGAGCACUGAGCUGAAGCAGGUGGCAGAUGGUGAUGAUGAUAUGGUGGAGGACCUCGAACUCUCUGAUGAAGACUAAAAUCAGUUUUACUUUUUAUACCCACAUCUGAACAUUGUUAAGAGUUGUGUACAGCCUGUUAUAGUGGAAAUGUGUUUCAUAAUGCAUCAUUAUUUCUUCUCUACCAUUCAUAAUUAAAGACCUUUCUAACAAUGUGUUCAAACUGUA